GCGACACGCCUGGGUCACCGCGGCCGCAGGGCCGCCGGCGCCCAUCUUCCGCCCGGCGCGCAGGCGCACGCGCGGCGGCGACCGUGGUGGUGACCGGUGUGCUGGUGACCGGUGUGCGGGCGGCGCGGCGGUGGAGCAGCGCGGGCGGCGGCGGUUCCCCCAGCCAUCUGGAGUGCGUGUGUCCUGUGGUGUCAACGCAGUCCCCGCCACAGCCCGGGGUUCACAUGUUUCCACACCGGUGAACUGUGGGAGCCACGUCUGGCCCUGGAUGCCAGCUGCUAACCAUACAGGUUUUUGUGGGCACCGAGCGUUAGCCCCACCAUGUCGGGGCCUGCAACCUCAGAGCCAGAGCCCUGUGUCCAGGGGGACUCGAUCCCUGGCAGGAGGGAUGAGGACGCCGUGGAGGGGACCCAGAGCUCCCACCGCAUGCUUGGCUUCAGCGACGCACUGCUAUCCAUCAUCGCCACCGUCAUGAUCCUGCCCGUGACUCACACAGAGAUCUCGCCGGAACAGGAGUUUGACAGGAGCAUGCAGAGGCUGCUGGCCACCAGGAUUGCUGUCUACCUGAUGACAUUUCUCAUCGUGACUGGGGCCUGGGUGGCGCACACAAGAUUGUUCCAGGUCGUGGGGAACAUAGACGACACGCUCGCCCUGCUCAACCUGGUCUGCAUGAUGACCAUCACCUUACUGCCAUACACAUUCUCCCUGAUGGUGACCUUCCCAGAUGUGGCCCUGGGCAUCUUCCUGUUCUGUGUCUGUGUGAUCACCAUCGGUGUCGUGCAGGCACUGAUCGUGGCCUAUGCCUUCCACUUCCCGCACCUGCUGAGCCCGCGGAUCCGCUGCUCUGCCCACCGGGCACUAUGCCGCCGGCAGGUCCUGCACAUCGUCCUGCGCGGCCCAGUGCUCUGCGCUGCCGCAGCGCUCUUCUCCCUCUGCUUCUUUCCCAUGUCAUAUCUGCUGAUGGCCUCUGUCAUCUUCCUCCCAUAUGUCAGCAAGGUGGCCAGCUGGUGCAGGGACCGGCUCACAGGCCGAGUGGAACCCCCAGCUCCCCAUGUCGAGUUUUUUACCCUGGACCUGCAGGAGCCGCUCAGCAAGGAGCGAGUGGAAGCCUUUAGUGAUGGCGUCUAUGCCAUUGUGGCCACGCUGCUCAUCCUCGACAUCUGCGCCGACAGCAUCCCUGACCCCAAAGCGGUGGCGGCAGACUUCGGUGGCAGCCUGCUGGCGGCCCUGGGCGCGCGUGGACCACGCUUCCUGGCCUACUUUGGUUCCUUUGCCACCGUGGGCCUGCUGUGGUUUACCCAUCACUCGCUCUUCCUGCACGUGCGCAAGGCCACAUGGGCCAUGGGGCUGCUCAACGCCCUCUCACUAGCCUUUGUGGGUGGCCUGCCCCUGGCCUACCAACAGACCUCGGCCUUUGCCCGCCAGCCGCGGGACGAACUGGAGCGUGUACGGGUGAGCUGUGCCAUCAUCUUCCUGGCCAGCAUCUUCCAGCUGGCCAUCUGGACAGCGGCUCUGCUACACCAGGUGGAGACUCUGUGGCCGGCCGUGCACUUCGGCGGCCCUGAGCAUACCUUCAUGCUGGCCAAGCUGGCCCUGUACCCCUGCUCCAGCCUGCUGGCCUUCGCCGCCACCUGCCUGCUCAGCCGCUUCAGCACUUUCAUCUUCCACUUGACGCAGAUCGCCGUGCCGCUCGGCUUCCUACUGCUGCGCCUUGGCCUGCGCCUCACCCUGGCCACCCUGACCACCCUGCGGGGCCUGGCCCAGCCAGCCCGACCCCAGGGCGAGCCUAACCUGCACUCCCCUCUGCUGCCAGAGCCCUGCUAGGAAUUGUGACAGGGGCUCCGUGGGACCUGGGCUGUUUUCUCGGUGAAAAUACCACAUUGUGUAUCCUAA